UAUGGUGAUUAACAAUUUUAGGUUAAAACUAAAAAAUACAGAUAGAUAAUAAUACAUAAUUUUUUAAAAACUAGGUGGUAAAUACUAGGAACGAUUCAAAAAUAGGCGCUAUUAAUAUUAGAAAAAUUUACUCUAAGUUGGUGCAUUGAUUCAGAAUGCCUUCUACUCAACAAAUUUCACCCGUUGAAGAACAAGAGAAAUUACUAGAUGAAGCACUUGGUGUAGUUAAAGUUCAAGCUUUCCAAAUGAAAAGAUGUUUAGAUAAAAUGAAGCUUAUGGAUGCUCUGAAACAUGCUAGUGCUAUGUUAACAGAACUAAGAACUUCUCUGUUGUCUCCUAAAAGCUACUAUGAACUUUAUAUGGCAAUCACAGAUGAAUUGCGGCACAUGGAGUUAUAUCUUUUGGAUGAGUUUCAAAAAGGCCGGAAAGUCACUGAUUUGUAUGAGUUGGUACAAUAUGCUGGUAAUAUUGUUCCUCGAUUGUAUCUUCUUAUAACUGUUGGAAUAGUUUAUAUAAAGUCAAAUCCACAACUGAAACGUGAUAUUUUAAAGGAUUUGGUGGAAAUGUGCAGAGGGGUACAACAUCCCUUGCGAGGACUAUUUUUAAGGAACUAUCUGCUUCAGUGUACAAGAAAUGUACUUCCAGAUGUACCUGAGGAAGAAUCCAACUUAGCUGAAGGAAAUGUUCGAGACUCUAUAGAUUUUGUUUUGAUGAAUUUUGCAGAAAUGAACAAACUUUGGGUUCGAAUGCAACACCAGGGACACUCCAGAGAAAGACAACACAGAGAGAAAGAACGUGAAGAAUUAAGAAUAUUAGUUGGUACAAAUUUGGUCAGACUGAGUCAGCUUGAGUCAGUUAAUUUGGAAAAGUAUCAAAAAAUUGUGUUACCAGGAAUUUUAGAACAGGUGGUUAGUUGUAAAGACUCCAUCGCGCAGGAAUAUUUGAUGGAGUGUAUAAUACAAGUUUUCCCUGAUGAAUUCCAUUUACAAACCCUUAAUCCUUUUCUUAAAUCAUGUGCCGAGUUGGAACCAGGGGUAAAAGUCAAAAAUAUCGUCAUCAGUCUUAUGGAGAGAUUGGCUACAUUCAGUCAACGUUGUGAAGGAGCUCCACCAAAUAAUAUAGGAGAUAGUGAUUACCCUCCAGGGAUUCCUUCAAAUGUUCAGUUGUUUGAAAUAUUCUCAGACCAAGUGGCUUCCAUCAUAGCAAAUAGGCAGGAUCUUCCCUCAGAAGAUAUGAUAUCACUUCAAGUAGCUCUAGUAAAUUUGGCCCAUAAAUGUUACCCUAAAAGGGUCGACUACGUCGAUAAAGUCAUGCUUAACAGUGUUGAGGUUUUCCAACGUUUGGGCCUUGAAAAGGUCGAGUCUAAUUCGUCAGUGGGAAAAGAAUUACAGAAACUUCUAAAACUACCCGUCGACAAUUAUAAUAAUUUGUUGACCUUACUAAAACUGAAACAUUAUCCAGCGUUGCUGCAACACUUGGAUUUCUAUGGCAGGAAAUAUCUAAGCAUAUACAUCUUGAGUAAUGCUCUGGAGCACGAAACGGUUAUACCAACGCAGGAGCAAGUGGAACAAGCUCUGACUUUGUUAACGACUGUCAUUUCUGAUCAGAGUGACCAGCCAAAGAUUGAAGUGGAUCUAGAGGAAUUGGCAGAAGAGCAAAGCCUUCUUGCACGUCUCGUUCACCAGUUUAUGUCGGACAUUCCAGAUCAACAGUAUUUAAUUCUUACAAGUGCAAGAAAGGCUUUAGCUACCGGUGGUGCACUUCGUGUAAAGCAUACAUUACCACCUUUGAUUUUCCAAGCAUAUCAAUUGGCUUAUAAGUACAAAGAGAUCAAGUCAGAAGACGAAGUUUGGGAGAAGAAAUGUCAGAAAAUUUUUCAGUUUUGUCAUGCCACAAUUACUGCCCUUGUAAAGGCCGAAUUGGCAGAGCUUCCUCUUCGUCUUUUUCUUCAGGGAGCUUUGGCAAUUGAUCAGAUCGGCUUCGACAACCACGAGACGGUCGCCUAUGAAUUUCUUUCUCAAGCUUUUUCAUUGUAUGAAGACGAAAUUUCUGAUUCGAAAGCUCAACUAGCUGCUAUUACGCUGAUAGUGGGUACAUUGGAACAAAUUAGCUGUUUUUCCGAAGAAAAUUCUGAGCCCCUUCGGACGCAAUGUGCCCUUGCUGCUAGCAAAUUGUUAAAGAAACCGGAUCAGUGUAGAGGAGUUGCAACCUGUUCUCAUUUGUUCUGGAGUGGAAAGAGUUUGGCAACGAACAAGGAAGAAGUUCACGAUGGUAAAAAAGUAGUCGACUGUCUAAAGAAGGGUCUUAGAAUUGCUAAACAAUGCAUGGAUAUUGGUGUUCAAGUACAAUUAUUUGUCGAGCUCUUGAAUCAUUACAUUUAUUUCUACGAAAAAGGUAACGAUCAAAUUACUGUACAAGUUUUAAAUCAAGUUAUUGCCAAGAUUAAAGAAGAACUUCCGAACUUGGAGAGCUCAGAUGAAGCGGAACAAAUAACGAAACAUUUUAAUAACACAUUGGAACAUCUGAAGCUUUCGAUAAACAGUUCUGAAAGCGUUUCGUACGAAGGUCUUGAAUUUUAAUUGUUAAUUGCUAUAUUAAUAAUAUUCCACUACGAAAGCCUAUAUUUAUGCUUAUUUUAGACAAAUAUAAUUCAUCUUGCAAAUAUAAUAAUUGUGGUUUCUUAAUUUUAAUGAUAAGAAAUCGGUCAUUUAUUGACUUUAGGUUAAAUAAAUUAUAAAAGUUAUGAUUUUAUAACUGAGUAGAUUUAUGUAUUUAUGAAAUUUAUUGUUCUUAUUGAUGUAACUUUUGUAAUAAAAAAAACUUUUAACUUCGUUUUA